CUUCAUCUUCACAAAUCCUUCCACCACAACCCAAUUCCCCACCACAAACCUUCCAACAUCAUUAAAAUAAUGCAUUCCUGGAAAAAAUAAUAAUAAUGCAUUCCUGAAUUCAGAUCCAAUGUCAGCUUGGAUCAGAACAUGUUCCCAACCAGAACCCAACCCCCCCCCUCCCCCAACAAAAUCCCACAACAGCAACAAAUCAAGCACGAAAUUGAACAUAAGAAAGUGAAAAUUGCCACAGAUCCAUCCACUUUUCACACAAAUCAAAAAAAAAAACCCAACAAUCACAAAAUAGAAACCCCAUCACACAACAUGUUUGGGAGCUGGAGCAAACGAAGCAAGGAGAAGGAGUGGUUGAGAGAGAGAAAGAAAACCACGAUCUGGAUCUGGCGGCUCAAUCGCUGACUGCAUGGAAGAUGGUCCGUCUUCCCCAAGCCCAACCUUCUUCUCUUCCCCUCUCCUUCCUUCACGUGGCCGCUUAGGGUUCUUCGCCGCCCCAACACUAUCACCGCCACCAUAUCUGAACCCGAGGUCGAAGUGUUUGGAGGCGUGAGGUUCACGUUCAGCGUCCAGGUUCGAUCCUUCAUCUCUCUUGUUCUUGAUCCCCCUCUGGUUCUUGGAGGGGCGGUGCCAGAUUUAUCAUGAAAGGGAGAGCUAGGGUUCAUUGUGGGUAUGAGAAUGAUGAAACACAUACGGGUCUGGUGAUGAUUUAUCGUUAAGCUUCCUGUUCCCUUGAUCUGGUUUUGCUUUGAAAUUGGAUUCUGACCUGGAUUUUGAGUUUUGGUGGAGGAGGAAGAAGAGGUUGGGGAUAUGGGGGUUAUGAGAUUGUGGAGAUUGGGGUUGUUGUGUUUCAGUAAAAAAAUUGGGUGGGUUAUGAAGAAAAGAUGAAGAAGCAGAUGCAGAUGGUGAUUUUUUUAGAUGAAAAAUUGGGUUAUGAUAAAAAACUGGGUUAUGAUGCAAAGAUGAAGAAAAAAGGAGUAAGCUGAAGAAGAUGAGAAGGAGAUUAGGAUUUUGUGUUUUAAAUUUUUAAUUAAUCAAUUUUUUAGUUAAUUUGUUUUUUUAAAUUUAAAUUAAUGAUUUUCACAUGGGUAAAAAAAUAUAAAAAAUGAAUAUGUUAACGUCUGUUAGUGUUUUUUAACGUCAAGGACUAAAGUGACAGACAUUUGUCACUUUGGGGGACCGCGAGAUGAAUAAAAUUCAUUCAAGGACGAAUGUGAAGUCGGUGGACACAUUCAGGGACGAACUUGGCUAUUUACCCGUGAAGAUUUGGUUUUGGCUGGCACGUAAGUCCUAACGCGAAAUCUUUGGUAGAAACCAUAAUCAGUUAUUACUAAUUAAUGACGCAAGAUGGAAAACACUAUUGUUGGCGUAAACAACAGCUAAGAUGAAGAAUCAAAACUCUCCAUUCCCCGAUUCUCCUUUCAAAUUCAUUAUCACUACAAUUAAUUCAUUUUAUUCUUGCUAAUUCUUACCAUAAUCAUCAUCAAUACAGUUGUACAUUUUCACCAUAAUAAAUACCAAACAAAACCUCUAAAUCAUUCUAUAGAAUUCAAACACAGAGAAACUGAAAUUGUGAAAAACAAUCAACAUUCAAUGGCUUCGGGAGGAGGCAACCGCAACCGUCCCGAUGGCGACGACGUGGAAGGGAGCGGCGACGACGAGUUGGCGGUGGAGUCGGUGGAGAAGGCGUUUGAGUCCAAGGCGGUGCCGUCGUGGCAGAGGCAAGUCACGGUGAGGGCGUUGGUGGCGAGUUUGGUGUUGUCGGUGAUGUUUACGUUUAUCGUCAUGAAGCUGAGUCUCACCACCGGUAUCAUUCCUUCUCUCAAUGUCUCCGCGGGGUUGCUAGGGUUCUUCUUCGUCAAGACGUGGACCGCGCUGCUUGCGAAAUCAGGGUUCCUCAACCAGCCUUUCACUCGCCAGGAGAAUACGGUUAUUCAGACGUGUGUCGUCGCCUCCAGCGGCAUUGCCUUCAGCGGUGGCUUUGGAAGCUACUUGUUUGCAAUGAGUCCAGAAAUUGCAAAACAAUCUUCAGAAGCUAACACUGCAAUGGACAUGAAGAUCCCGGGCUUAGGAUGGAUGGUUGCAUUUCUAUUCGUUGUUAGCUUUCUUGGCCUCUUUUCAGUGGUUCCGCUUCGGAAGAUUAUGAUAGUAGACUUCAAAUUGACAUAUCCCAGUGGUACCGCAACAGCUCAUCUGAUCAACAGUUUCCAUACAACAGAGGGUGCCAGACUAGCAAAGAAGAAAGUACACGCCUUGGGAAAGUUCUUCUCCUUUAGCUUCUUUUGGGCUUUCUUUCAAUGGUUUUUCACUGCUGGUGAUGGCUGCGGAUUUGAAAACUUCCCUACAUUUGGUCUAGAAGCCUAUAAAAACCAGUUCUACUUCAGUUUUUCGGCUACCUAUGUGGGGGUUGGGAUGAUAUGCCCAUAUAUAAUCAAUAUAUCCCUUCUGGUUGGUGGAAUUCUGUCAUGGGGUGUCAUGUGGCCUCUCAUCGAUGCUAGAAAAGGAGACUGGUACUCUGCUGAACUCAAGUCAAGCAGCUUACAUGGUCUUCAAGGUUACAAAAUUUUCAUAGGCAUUGCGAUGAUUCUCGGGGACGGUCUAUACAACUUUGUCAAGGUUCUUGCUCGCACACUUUUUGGUAUCUAUCAACAGGUCUGCAAAAAAGACUUGGGCACAGUUUCAAACUCAGAUGUCCCACCUCCAUCACUUUCCUAUGACGAGAAGCGCAGAACCGAGGUGUUCCUCAAGGACCAAAUCCCUGCCUGGUUCUCCAUUGCUGGAUAUGUUAGCAUUGGAAUAGUCUCCACCAUUAUUCUCCCCCACAUUUUCCACCAGCUGAAGUGGUACUACAUUAUUGUGAUUUACAUCAUUGCACCACCACUAGCAUUUUGCAAUGCCUAUGGGUGUGGACUCACAGACUGGUCCCUUGCAACCACCUAUGGAAAAUUGGCCAUCUUCACCAUUGGUGCAUGGGCUGGGGCAAAUAAUGGCGGGGUUCUCGCUGGUUUGGCGGCAUGUGGUGUCAUGAUGAACAUUGUGUCCACAGCAUCUGAUUUAAUGCAGGACUUCAAAACAGGUUACAUGACACUGGCUUCACCAAGGUCCAUGUUUGUGAGCCAAGUUGCCGGAACCGCCAUGGGUUGUGUUAUAUCCCCUUGUGUCUUCUGGCUUUUCUACAAGGCCUUUGGUAACAUUGGACUUCCUGGCUCACCAUACCCUGCUCCUUAUGCGCUUGUUUACCGCAACAUGUCAAUUUUGGGGGUGGAUGGAUUCUCAGCUCUGCCGAAAAACUGCCUCACACUUUGCUAUGCGUUUUUCGCAGCCGCCAUAAUCAUCAACCUCAUUCGAGAUUUGGCUGGAAAGAAGUGGGCUAGAUUUAUUCCUGUUCCUAUGGCCAUGGCAAUACCGUUUUAUAUUGGAAGCUAUUUUGCCAUUGAUAUGUGUCUUGGCAGCUUGAUCUUGUUUAUCUGGACGAAGCUUGACAGGGCUAAGGCUGAAGCAUUUGGAUCAGCUGUAGCUUCUGGUUUGAUCUGUGGGGAUGGAAUCUGGGCACUUCCUAGCUCAUUUCUGGCUCUUGCAGGAGUGAGGCCACCUAUCUGCAUGAAGUUUCUGUCCAGAGCAGUAAAUGGUAAGGUGGAUGCAUUGUUAGAAUCUUAACUACAUCUUAAUCUUAAUGCAUGUUUGGACACACAACGAAGGAGAAUUUAUUCUGGAAGAAGCUCUUCUAGUACCUUUUGUGGAAGUAGAAUUGAUUCUGGAAGAUAUGAACGUGAAUCCAAUUAUUAAAUUUGACUUCUACCUUGUUACAGCAACUAUAUGCUACAUGUACAUACUUUUACCUCAUUAGUCACUGACCUAUCCAAUGAUAUUAGUCAAUCAAGAUUAUAUUCAAGUAAAACAAUCUCUAUCGUUUACAUAUGGUUAU